AUGGGAUUUUCAAGACGACAUAUCGAACUAGCUUUUAAUUCACUGGAUCCAUGUGCAGAUCUAUCUACUAAAUUAGAUGCAGUGGUCAGCUGGCUUAUAGAGCAUGGAAAUCAAAAUCUUGAUUUAUCAGAUGAUGAAACUGAUGUAUUAAAAUGUGAUAACAAUUAUCAAACAAGAAGUGAUUUUACUAGCAGCUAUGAGUAUACAAAUUAUGUUUUUGAUAACAUUCGUGUUGGAAGUUGCGUUCGCUGUUGGACCCCGUAUGAAGAUCUGCAAGAAGGAGACAUAGGGAAAGUUGUCGGCUUUGCACAUGACUCGCAAAGUGUAGUUGCUCUGGUUGAAUGGCAGCGUAUUGGAAGGAGAUAUCAAAUGAAGUAUUUGCAGUUAGAAUUAAUUUUUCCUCCAGCACAAUAUGAACAUAGCACGUUUUCUCAAUGCUCAUUUGAACAACCUUUUGCCAUGUAA